AUGUGGUUCGUCCUCUUCAAGAUAUUUCGCUUCGGAUACUCCGAGACCAAGAAAUACAAGGCCAAAAAGCAAGCCACCCAACAACCCCCGCAACCAGGCCCCUACGACGGCUCCCGCGACUUCAAUAACGAACAAUACCCAAUGGACGCUUACCCACCCCCUCUCCCCGACCAGACGCCUCCCCCAGCGGCAAUGGGCAAGGGAGCCCGUGCAAAAUCUCUCGUCUCCACGAUCCUCGCAAUCUUCCAAUUCGCUUUCGGCCUCGCCGUCAUCGGCCUCUACAGCCAAGAUAUCAAUUCCGCGCACGGAAAUGGCGAUUCUGCGCCCUCGCAAUGGGUCUAUGCCGUUGUCACUGCAUUCGUUUCAACUGUUACCGCGCUGCUAUAUCUUAUUCUAGGAUGGUGGUGGGCGAAGCGCGUCAAGCUUGCCUUUUCGCAGCGCCAGGGUCUCUUCCUGCCACUGUUUGUGUGGGAAAGUGUCAUUGUCAUUCUGUGGUUGGUUGUCUUUGGGAUUUUUGGGGAGAAGUAUAUCGGUGUUUACCAUGUUGGAGGGAAAGAUGGUGGCGAUUCGAAGGUUACGAGAAUGCGCAGGGCCGUUUGGGUUGAUUUGGCUUGCUUGGUGUUUUGGAUUGCUUCGGCUGCUUGGAGGGGUGUUAGGUGGUGGAAAGGGAAGGGUGGUUCGUUUAGGAGGAGUGAGCCGGUUGAUGAGAAGGAGAUGGCUUGA